GCCCCGUUAAGCCCCGCCCCGGGCAGGGCGUGGCCGGGGUCACGCGGGGGGCGGGGCGGCGGCGGCGCGGCCAUGGCGGUGUUGGGCUACUGGGAUAUCCGCGGCCUUGCCCACGCCAUCCGCCUGCUCCUGGAGUACACGGAGACGCCCUACGAGGACAAGCUCUACAGCUGUGGGGAGGCUCCCGACUAUGAUAAGAGCCAAUGGAUCAACGAGAAGGAGAAGCUGGGGCUUGAUUUCCCCAAUCUGCCCUACUUCAUCGAUGGCCCCACCAAGCUGACGCAGAGCAACGCGAUCCUGCGCUACAUCGCCCGCAAGCACAACAUGUGUGGUGAGACAGAGGAGGAGACCCUGCGCGUGGACAUGCUGGAGAACCAGAUCAUGGACUUCCGCAUGAGCCUGGUCAUGGUCUGCUACAAUCCUGACUUUGAGAAGCUCAAGCCGGGCUACCUGGAGCAGCUCCCGGGGAAGCUGAAGCUCUUCUCCAACUUCCUGGGCGACAGAAAGUGGUUUGCGGGGGAGAAGCUGACCUUCGUAGACUUCCUCAUGUUCGACGUGCUGGACCAGAACCGCAUCUUUGAGCCCAAGUGCCUGGAGCCCUUCAAGAACCUCAAGGACUUCAUGGACCGCUUUGGGGCUCUGGAGAAGGUGGCUGCCUACAUGAAGUCCAGCCGUUUCCAGAAGAUGCCCAUCAAUAACAAGAUGGCCAAGUGGGGCAACAAGAAGUUGUAGGAGCUCAGCCUGGAGCAAGGAGGGCGGGGGGGUCCUAACCCAGCCCCCCCAGCAUCCCCCAUCCUUUGGGGGGACGGCACCACUGGCAAGAAGCCCCCCAAGAUAAUAAAGCGCUUUAGAUGUGGCA